CUACACACGUGAACCGAACCGGGUCCGAAGCGAACGAGUGUGGUGACUGACGGCACAGGCGCAGGUCCGUGGCGCAGGCUCUCGGCUGUUUAGUUUGCACGCCAAUUCACAUACGAAGAGGAGAAAGAGAGAGAGAAAACGCGGAUUCUCCGAGAGAGGACGGGACUCCGACGGGAGAGCGAGGCGUGCACACAAACGCGCGCGCGCGCGCCGCUGACGUGCGUGCUGCUCUCUUCUCUUGAGAGUAAUUCAAAUAUUCUGAAAAAAAAAAAAAAAAAAAAAAACUUGGACGAGCGGAGUGUGCGCGAGUGUGUCCGCGACGAGAGAGAGAGAGAGAGAGAGAGAGAGGAGAGAAGAAAUUUCCGGAUACGGGAGGAAUUUUCGGGCGAAUAAUAGUGCUUGGUGAUUACGAUUCGAUUUGUCCAUUUGUUUGGUGGAUUUCUCUGGUGUAAUACGUGCCACACAGUGAGGCCCUCCUCUCCUCUCCGCCCCCCCCCCCGGUGGCUACAUAACUGAUCAACAAGUCGCCGCGCCGAUUUUCGGAUAACUCAAGGCAGCAAGAGGCGCAGUAUGUGCCCGGCGCCGGGCCCAGCGCCGCAUCCGAAGGAAGGACCCGUAGUCUCGAAUACGUUCCCGCAUAUCCGCCACCGAGAGCCGAUAGAUACCGGGGCGGCGCGCAGAUACAGAAAAGAAUGACUCAGAGGGAGGACGUUCUUAAAUUCGAGCAGGGCCGCAUCAAGGCCCUGCAGGAGGAACGUCUUCACAUCCAGAAGAAGACGUUCACAAAAUGGAUCAACUCCUUCUUGUUGAAGGCGCGCAUGGAGGUGGACGAUCUCUUCAUCGAUCUCGCGGACGGCAAGAAGCUGCUGAAGCUGCUGGAGAUUAUUUCCGGCGAGCGACUCGCCAAACCCAACAACGGACGCAUGCGGGUUCACAAAAUUGAAAACGUGAACAAGUCCCUGGCGUUUCUACAUACCAAGGUUCGUCUCGAGAGCAUCGGCGCGGAAGAUAUCGUCGACGGCAAUCCCCGACUGAUCCUAGGUCUCAUCUGGACCAUAAUAUUGAGAUUUCAAAUUCAGGAGAUCGAGAUCGACGUGGACGAGGAGAACGACAGCAGCGAGAAAAAGUCUGCCAAGGAUGCUCUGUUGCUCUGGUGUCAGAGAAAAACGAACGGCUAUCCCGGCGUCAACAUCCAGGACUUUACCGGAUCAUGGAGAAGCGGCCUCGGUUUCAACGCUCUCAUACACGCUCACAGACCGGACUUGGUCAAUUGGUCGGAAUUGCAACAAAACAAGAACAUCGACAAUCUCAAUUAUGCCUUCGACGUCGCCAACUCCGAACUCGGUAUACCGCGGCUUUUGGACGCGGAAGACGUCGACACGGCCAGGCCGGACGAGAAGUCCAUUAUCACCUACGUUGCGUCUUAUUACCACACGUUCGCGAGGAUGAAAAACGAGAUAAAGAGCGGAAAAAGAAUAGCGAAUAUUGUCGGACAAAUGAUGGACGCCGAUAAGAUGAAGAUCCACUACGAGAAGCUUACAACCGACCUGUUGGAGUGGAUCAAAAUGAAGAUCGAGAUUUUGGAAAAUCGCAGUUUUCCAAACUCGCUCGAAGGUAUCCAACGGGAACUUCUAGCCUUCAAGCAAUACCGCACGGUGGAGAAACCGCCGAAGUAUAAAGAACGGUCCGAGAUAGAGGCGUUGUACUUUCACAUAAACACCCGGCUGAAGUCUUUGAAUCAGCCGGCAUUCAUUCCGCAGGAAGGCCAGCUAGUCCAGGACAUCGAGAGAAACUGGGUGGAGUUGGAGAGGGCGGAGCAUCGUCGCGAGGUCGCUCUUAGAACCGAACUUUUGCGACAGGAGAGAUUGGAGCAAUUAAACUAUAAAUUCGAGCGAAAGAGCGUACUUAGAGAAGGUUAUUUAAAGGAGAUGAUUCAAGUGCUGACAGAUCCCAGAUACGGAAGCAACCUGGCGCAAGUUGACGCCACGGUGAAGAAGCACGAAGCUAUCAGCGCCGAUAUCUUGGCGCGCGAGGAACGUUUCCACGAUUUGACGAACAUGUCCGAAGAACUGGUGCGCGAAAAUUAUCACGGUCUUGAAAGAGUUCGGAGCAGAGAGCAAGAAGUGCUGCAGAGAUGGAAGGAACUGUUGGCUCUACUGGAUCAUCACAAGUCCAAUCUUGUCGCACUUUCCUCACUGAUGAGCCUGAUGAGAGAAAUUGACACGACUCUGGCUUCUAUUCAGGAACUCCAAGUGAACUUCCAAAGCACCGACGUAGGACCGCAUCUACUUGGGGUUGAGGAUCUGUUACAGAAACAUAGUUUGCAGGAAUUGCAAGUGACCGCUUUGGGCGAGAGCCAGAGACGACUCGGCAGACAGGCUGCUCAACAUCUGACGCAACCACAAAGCAAGGAAGCACCAUUGUUGCAGCAGAAACUGGAACUACUGAAUCAGGCCUAUGACGAGCUAGUGGAGAACAGCAAGGAACGCAAGGCUCGUCUCGAAGACGCUAGAAAUUUCUUUCAUUUCCUUCAGGAUCACGAGGACGAGGAAUCUUGGCUGAUUGAGAAGCAGCGAAUAUGCAAGGCCGGUAUAUCCGCGAAGGAUUUGCGAGCCGUGAUAUCGCUGCAACAGAAACAUAAAGCUUUGCAAGACGAGAUGAAAGUGCGCAGGCCAAAAUCCGAUCAGCUCUGCGACGCUGGUACGAAGUUAAUAGCUGAUAAUCAUCCUUCAGCGUUGGAAAUACAAAAUCGUAUAGACUCGCUGCAAGAGCACUGGAGAGUUUUAGAAGAACUGGCGGCAUUGAGAAAGAAGCAGCUGGACGACGCGGCUGAGACGUUCCAGUUUUACGCCGACGCAAACGAAGCGGACUCGUGGAUGAACGAGAAGAUGACACUCGUUGCUUCGGAAGAUUAUGGUGUGGACGAGCCGAGCGCUCAGGCUUUGUUGCAGAGGCACAAGGAUCUGGAAGGCGAACUGAACGCUUACAAAGGCGACGUGCAGUCGCUGAACGCACAGGCGGAGAAGCUCAUCAAGUCUGGUAUCUCCACUUUGGAGUUAUCUGCCGAUCCUGAACCAGUCGCUGAACUGGAACAAGAAGAGUGGAGUAAGGAGAUCAGGUUAGUGCCUCAAGACGAGUGGGUGGACGAGGUGGUCGAGCGACUGGAGCAGAGGACUGUUCAGGAGGAUAGGCGAGUGCCGCAGGUGAAGAGUCUAUAUCCUUUCAGUGGUCAGGGCAUGCACAUGGUAAAGGGUGAAGUAAUGUUCUUAUUGAACAAGACAAAUCCUGAUUGGUGGAGCGUCAGAAAGGCCGACGGCACGGAUGGAUUCGUGCCGGCUAACUAUGUUCGUGAGAUUGAGCCGAAAAUCGUUCAAGUGCAAGUACGAAAGCCUGAGAAAGUCAAGGUGACACAGCGUGUGAAGAAAACAAAAAUGGUGAAGCAAGUGGUGCCGGUCCGGCGACUGAAGUCCAUCAAAUCUACUGUGAAGCCGGUUAAGCGAAAGACGGUUAACGACGGCGAUAGUGUAGAGAAGCGUCAGAAGAAGAUCAAUGAGACUUACAGCGAACUACAAGAACUGGCUGUGAAACGUCACGCACUUCUAGAAGACGCCAUCAGGCUCUAUGGUUUUUAUCGGGAAUGCGACGACUUUGAAAAGUGGAUUAAGGACAAAGAAAAGAUGCUGAGAGCCGACGAUUCUCGCGACAAUGUCGAGACGGCAAGAAGGAAGUACGAAAAGUUUUUGACGGAUCUGUCAGCAUCCGGAAAACGAGUGGAGGCAAUAGAUACAGCGGUAGAUGAGUUCGUUCGCCAAGGUCACAGCCAGUUGGACAAGGUCAAGGCCAGGCAGAAACACAUUCAUCAGCUGUGGGAUCAUCUGAACUGGUUGAAGACGCAAAAGGAAAAAAGUUUAGAAGGCGCAUCUAGCGUCGAGCUGUUCAACAGAACUUGCGACGAGGCGCACGAUUGGAUGCUGGAAAAAAUUACACAACUGGACACGGCCGAGUUAGGACCUGACUUAAAGACCGUGCAAGCUUUACAAAGAAGACAUCAACAUCUGGAACGAGAAUUGGCGCCGGUCGAGGAGAAGGUACGGAAAGUAAAUUUGUUAGGCAAUAGUGUCAAGAAUUCAUAUCCGCACGAAUGCAACAACGUGAACGCGAGACAAAACGAAAUCAAAGAUCUGUGGAACAAAGUCCAGACAAAAGCCAAGGAGCGACGAUCCCGUUUAGAGGAUGCGGUCGGCCAACAAAUAUUCAUGAACAGCUCGAAGAAUUUGAUUAACUGGGCCACGGAUAUACAAGAGACGAUGAAGGUUGAAGAACCAGUGAGAGAUGUUGCCACGGCCGAACAAUUGAAGAAACAGCACAUGGAGCUCGGAGAAGAAAUACGAACCAAAGAAGAUGAAUUUAACGAAGUCGAAGAUCUUGGACGAGAAUUGUUACGUCGUAAUCCGGCUUUGACGGAUGUACGCGAACGUUUGGACAAGCUAAAUGGAUUGUAUCCAGCAGUAUCAGCCGACUGGAUGGCGAAAGAGGAAUGGUUACGACAGUGCCUGGAAUUGCAACAGUUUAAUCGGGAGGCCGAUCAAAUCGAAGCCACUACCAGUUCUCACGAAGCUUUUCUUGAAUUCAUUGACUUAGGCGAAUCUUUAGAUGACGUCGAAGCUCUGUUGAAGCAGCACGAGAAGUUCGAGAAUACUCUUCACGCGCAAGAUGACAGGUUGAAGGCAUUCAGCGACACCGCGGACAAAUUGAUCGCUCAAGAUCAUUAUGACAAAGAUUACAUUAACGAGAGAAGAAACCAAGUAUUGGCACGUCGUAUGGCAGUGAAGGAAGCCGCUCAGCGCCGAAGAGCAGCCUUGAAAGCUUCCGAACAUUACCAGCAAUUUUCGGCUGAAGUAGAUGAUCUACGCAACUGGUUGGUCGACAAGAUGAAGACCGCGUCCGAUGAGAGCUAUCGCGAUCUGAACAAUCUCGAGCGCAAAUUGCAGAAGCACGAGGCUUUCGAGCGAGAGCUGCGCGCUAACGAAGGCCAGUUAAGAGCAGUCAACAAGGCGGGCAAAGCACUGAUAUCUGAAGAAAAUUACAGAUCGGACGAUGUGGGAGAAACCUUAAAGGAUCUAAAUGACCAGUGGAAGCAUCUGGUGGCAUUAUCGCUGGAGAAGGGUCGCAGACUGCGACAAGCCGCCAUGCAACAUGGAUACAAUCGCACCAUGGAAGAUGCCAGACUGAAACUGGAAGAGAUAGAAAUCUGUUUGCAGAGCAAACAAGUAGGCACAGAUCUUCGCAGCUGCAAGGAAUUACUGAAGAAGCAUCAGACUCUCGAGAGCGAUAUGUGCCAAUGGGAACAGAAGGUGGACGAUCUUGUAGCCAUGGGUCAGGAGAUGGCGCACGAGGGUCAUUUCGAUGCAGCGAACAUUCUGAAGACGAGUCAAGCUACGCAGAAGAAAUUCCGCAGUCUAAAAGAACCAGCCAAGAGACGUCGUGAAGCAUUGGAGGAAAGUUUGCGCUUCCACAAAUUCGGCUUCGAACUGGAUGCCGAGUUGCAAUGGAUCAAGGACCACAUGCCGCAAGCAUCCUCGACGACGCUCGGACAAAAUCUACACCAAGCCCAGACCUUGCACAAGAAGCACAAAAAGCUGGAAGCGGAGAUCGCCGGUCACCAACCGAUGAUAGACAAGACCCUGGUUUCCGGACAGACGCUCAUUGAUCAGGCUCAUCCGGAAAAGAAAAAGAUCCAAGAGCUGUGCGAUGUUUUGGAUGACGCUUGGCGAGACUUGCAAGAUAAAGCGGGAGAGCGUAGCAGAGCAUUAGAUCUGUCGUUGAAAGCGCAAGAAUUUUUCUUCGAAGCCGGCGAGGUCGAGAGCUGGCUUAACGAGAAGAACGACGUGCUGAGUUCGACCGAUUACGGCAGAGAUCGUGACGCCGCCACGAAAUUGCUGACGAAACACAAGGCUGUCGAGCUUGAGUUAGACACGUACAACGGUAUUGUGACAGAAAUGGGAAAUACCGCUUCUACGAUGAUAAAUUCGAAGCAUCCCGACAGCAAGGCGAUAGCCAACAAGCAGCAAGCGAUUGUCCAACAAAUGCGCGCCUUGCAGCGGUUAGCUACCGUGAGACAACAACGUUUGAUGGAGAGCAUGUAUCGUCACGAAUAUUUCUUAGAAAGCAGAGAAUUGGAGCAGUGGAUAAAGGAACAAGAGCAAGCGGCCGCGUCAGAAGAUUACGGACAGGAUUACGAGCAUCUGUUGCUGCUGCAAGCGAAAUUCAAUGACUUCAAGCAUCGAAUAGAGGCCGGUUCGGAAAGAUUCAAUCAGUGCGAGGAAUUGGCCAGGAAGCUAAUUGCGAACGAGAGUCCUUACAUUCAGGACAUCGAGAAGCGACAGGAACAAUUAGGAUCUGACGAAGACGAUCCGGUGCUUCAAGUACAAAAGCAACACGAAGCAAUGAAGGAAUCGUGGCAGCAUCUGUUGGGUCUCAUUCGAAAUCGCGAACAACGGUUACAAGCAGCAGGCGAGAUUCACCGGUUCCACCGUGACGUGGCGGAAGCGUUGUCGCGGAUACAGGAGAAAGAGGCUGCUCUACCGGAGGAUCUAGGACGCGACUUAAAUUCUGUUCUGGCGUUGAUCAGACGCCACGAGGGUUUCGAGAACGAUCUGGUCGCUUUGGAGGCUCAAUUGCAAGUCUUAGUCGAAGACGCGUCCAGAUUGCAGGCUCAUUAUCCGGGCAACAAUGCGGUGCACAUUGAUCAACAGCAACAGAUUGUUGUGGCUCAUUGGGAGGAGUUGAAAGAACGAUCCGCUCAUCGAAGGGAUCAGUUACAGGCUAGUUGUGAUUUGCAACGAUUCCUCACUCAGGUCAGAGAUUUGAUGAACUGGGCGGCCGGAUUGUGCGCUACAAUGUCGACGGAAGAAAAAGUUCGAGACGCGGCCAGUGCGCAGACUCUGAAGGCCGAGCACGAGGCUCUUAAAGGAGAAAUCGAAGCGAGAGAAGACAGUUUCAGCUCGGUACUCGAUCUAGGCGAGGCAAUGGUGCAAACUGGUCACUACGCCGCCACGGAGGUCGAAGAAAAAUGCAAUCAACUGUUGAAUGAGAGGCAGAGGCUGCACAUGGCGUGGCAACAAAAGAAAGUGCAUUUGGAACAAUUGAUUGACUUGCAUUUCUUUUUGCGAGACGCCAAACAACUUGAUACCUUGUCUAGUACUCAAGAAGCAGCGCUAAGCGGUGACAACUUCGGGAUUUCGGUCGAGGAAGUGGACGCGCAAAUGAAGAAACAUAACGAGUUUGAGAAGCUAUUGGUCACGCACGAGGAAAAGUUGACAGCUCUGCAAGAACACGGUAAUAAGCUUCUCGAGCAAGAUCAUUUCGAUUCGCCGACAAUUGCGCGGCGUUUGAACGAGGUCAUACAGAGACGCGCGAGAAUUCGGGAUCUGUGCGGCGCGCGAAGAAAGAGACUAGAAGCCAGUUUACUGCACGCGCAGUUUGUAAGAGACGUUGGCGAGGCCGAAUCGUGGAUAGGUGAAAAACAGAAGAAACUGGAAGCGGAAGCGUCGAAAGGUGAGGUGUCCAAUUUGGAAGAUAAGAUCAAGAAGUUGCAGAAGCAUCAGGCGUUCCAAGCGGAACUUGCGGCAAAUCAGAGCAGAAUCGAAGAGAUCAAAGCCAAAGGGGAGACAUUGUUAGCGCGAAAACAUCCGGCAAGCGCGGAAAUUCGUCAACAGUUGGAACAUUUGCUGGCGUCCUGGAGAAAAUUGCUAUUGGAGUCUGGGAAUCGAGGCAGAGGUUUGGAGGAGGCUCAAGAUAUUUUGGAAUUUAACAAUCAGGUGGAGAAAAUCGAGGCUUGGAUAAGAGACAAAGAGAUGAUGGUUCAAGCCGGUGAUACCGGAAAGGAUUAUGAGCACUGCUUGAGCCUUCAAAGAAAACUCGAUGACGUAGACAGCGACAUGCGAGUGGACGAUUCCAGAAUAAAAUCGAUCAACGCUCUGGCGGAUAAGCUUAUAAAACAGGGUCGCGAUAAUGAAUCAAAGGCAAUUCAGCAAAGACGGGAUAAUUUCAACAAUAAGUGGAAAGGUUUGCAAGGUGCUCUCGGUACGUAUCGAGAAAUGUUAGCGGGAGCACUCGAGAUUCAUCUGUUCAACCGGGACAUAGACGACACAAACCAAAGAGUUAUCGAAAAAUCAGUAGCUAUGAAUACUAGUGACACAGGAAAGGAUUUGCCCGCUGUCGAUCAAUUACAAAGAAAACAAGAGGCUAUGGAGCGAGAUAUGACAGCGAUUGAAGGCAAAUUGAAAGAACAUAAAGCGGAGGCGCGAAAUUUGUCGCACAAAUAUCCGGACAAGGCGGCCGAGAUAAACGGCAUAUUGUCUGAGCUUCAGUCUAACUGGGACGACUUGCAACGUUUGACUCGACAUCGACGCGAUGCUCUGAAUCAGGCCUACACGUUGCACAAGUUCCAAGCUGAUCUGCACGAAUUGGAGAUUUGGGUGGCGGAUACGAUUAAACGCAUGGACGAAUCCGAACCACCGACAACUAUAUCCGAAGCUGAGGCUGUAUUAGAACUACAUCAGGAAAGAAAAGCAGAGAUUGACGGUCGACAGGAUAUAUUUAAGGGUCUGAAGGAACAUGGUCAAAAGCUGUUGUCAAUUGACGAGGAUGUCAAAGAUAAUCUUGAACACCUGGAAGAACUCAGGCAGACCUUGGGAAAGGCUUGGGAUGAUCGCCGACAGAAAUUAACGCAAGUGCAUCAAUUGCAGUUGUUCAAAGAGCAAGCUGAUCAGGCGGACAGUUGGUUAGCGACGAAAGAGGCAUUCCUUAAUAAUGACGAUCUCGGUGACUCUCUAUCGGGCGUCGAGACGCUGCUACGUAAGCACGAGGAGUUCGAAAAGAUGCUCGUGUCUCAGUUAGGACGUAUUGAAGAUCUUGAGAAGUUUGCCAAUAACAUCCUGUUGCAGGAACAUGCGGAUGCGGACGUAAUAAAACAACGACUCGCUUCCGUUUGUGCUAGAAGGGACAAGUUGAAGAAUAGCGCGACAGCCCGAAGAAAGAAACUUUUGGAGAGUCAUCAUUUACAUCAGUUCCUCAGGAAUAUAUACGAGGUGGAAGGCUGGCUACAUCAGAAGCAACAGGUAGCGAGCGAUGAGAAUUACAGGGAUUCUUCAAACUUGCAGAGCAAAAUUCAGAAGCACGCCGCUUUCGAAAGUGAACUUAUGGCGAACAAAGGUAGGAUCGCGGCGAUAAUAAACGAAGGUGAAGCUCUCAUUGAGGAGAAUCACUACGCUUCGAGGGAGAUACAAGAACGUUUGGACGAACUGGAGGCAGAAUGGCGUCUCUUGCAGGAGACCAGCGAGUUGAAAAAAAAUCGUCUGAACGACGCGUAUCAAGCAUUGUUGUUUGGUCGUACUCUGGACGAGUUCGAAACGUGGAUGGACGAGGUGGAAACUCAGUUACAGUCGGAGGAUCAUGGCAAAGAUCUUUCGAGCGUGGCGAAUUUGUUGAAGAGACACACCAAUUUGGAAAACGAUGUGCUCGGUCACAACGAGGCAUGUGAAUCAAUUAAGGAGACUGCGGCGAGUUUUCAGAAAUCAAACCACUUCAUGUGCGACGAGAUUCAAGAAAGAGCGUUGGUUACGAUCAACAGAUAUUACAGUCUUCAAGAACCGAUGCAGAUACGCAGAGACAAUCUGGAGGACGCGAAGCUGCUACAUCAGUUUGCGAGAGACGUCGAGGACGAGUUGCAUUGGUUGUCAGAGAAAGAGCCAUUGGCCGCUAGCAGUGAUUUGGGAAGUUCUCUGACCACCGUUCAACGAUUGCAAAAGAAACAUCAUGCCUUGGAAGCUGAACUAUUGUCCAGAGAGCCUGUAGUAGCUUCUCUGGUUAGUAGAGCAACUGUAAUGAUCAGAAGUGGACAUUUCGCGGCGGAUAAGAUCGAAAAAUUAUUUCAAGAAUUGCAAGAGAAGUUGUCGCAUCUGCAAGAUUUGGCAAGCGUCAGAAAGCUGAGAUUGCUCGACGCAGUGGAAUCGCAAAUGUUUUAUGCCGAAGCCGCAGAAGCUGAGCAGUGGAUAAGAGAGAAGCAUCCGCAAUUGACAUCAAUCGAUUACGGCAAGGACGAAGACUCUGUUCAAUCUCUGCUGAAGAAACUAGAAAGUAUAGAACGUGAUUUAUCCGGUUUCGAAAAUACUAUUGACAAUUUGAAGAAACUUUCAAAAGGUCUAGUCGAGCGACAUCACUUUGACAGCAAGAAUAUCGCGCAAAAACAGGCGGAUAUUGAACUGAAAUUCCAAGAGUUACAGGAAUUGAAGGAAUAUCGUUUGCAGAGAUUAUCGGAAAGCGAAAAGUUUUACAAAUUUAUUAGACAGGCGGAUGAGGUGAUUGAAUGGAUCGGAGAUCAAACAACGAUUGCUGCCUCGGAGGAUUAUGGCCGCGACGUGGAACAUGUGGAAUUGCUGAUUCAGAUAUUCGAUAAUUUCCUAGCUGGAUUAACGACCAGUGAGGCCCGAGUAUUGGCUGUGCUUGACGAAGGGCAGAAGCUAAUAGAGCAGAACAAUCCUGAGAAAAACAAGAUACUCUUAAAAAUCGACGAGACAAAACAACAGUGGGAGGACUUGAAAGAAUUGGCGCACGCACGACAAGACGCGUUAGCAGGUGCCAAACAGGUUCACAUGUUCGACAGAACAGCCGACGAGACCAUCUCUUGGAUACAGGAAAAGGAAACGGCUCUCAGCUCGGACGGUUACGGACACGACUUGGAAACGAUUCAGGCGUUGGUGAGAAAACACCAGGGCUUUGAAACCGAUCUGGCCGCUGUGAAAGAGCAAGUUGAGUGCCUGAUGGAGGAGGCGUCCAGACUGAUCGAGCUGUUCCCUGACGCACGUGUGCACAUCGACGUGAAGCAUCAGGAAGCGGAAGCGGCCUGGGCUGAUCUGUUGGAGAAAGCAGCGCAGAGGCGAAGCAAACUGGCCCAAGCGGAACAAUUGCAAGCUUAUUUGGGCGAGUACAGGGAACUGAUGUCCUGGAUCAACGAGAUGGUGGCGAAGGUGACGGCGCCGGAAUUGGCGCGAGACGUUCCUGGUGCCGAGACGUUGAUCUCCAGACACAACGAAUACAAAUCGGAAAUUGACACGCGCGAAGAGGCUUUCGAGAAGUUUUAUCAGAUCGGGCAGGAGUUGAUUGAACAAGGACACUUUCUGGCGAAGGAAAUCGAGGACAAGAUAUCGGUGUUACAGCAACGCCAACAAAUUCUGAAGGAUACGUGGCAGCAGAGGAGACAGAUUUACGAGCAGAAUUUGGACACGCAGCAGUUCAAGAGAGACGCGGAAACUUUGGAAAAUUGGAUAGCCAGCAGAGAGCCAAUGCUGCACGACGACAAGUUCGGAGAGAGUAUAUCGCAAGUGGAGGAGCUGAUAAGGAAGCACGAGGACUUCGAAAAGACCAUAGAAGCUCAAGAGGAGAGAUUCAGCGCGCUUAAACGGAUAACGAUGCUGGAAAAAGCGUUCCAAAGACAGCAACAAGCGGAAAUGGCAGCGCGCCAAGCGGAGAAGGAGCGCGUGGAACGUGCGAGAAUCGAGGAGCGAAAACGGAAGGAGGUUCAAAGAAUAACGGAGGAGCGAAAACGCGAAGAGGAACGUAGACGAUUAUUGGACAAUUCUCAUCGCGCUCAACACGACGAAGUCAACGGCUCCGUCGACGAGCACGAAUCUGUGAACAUAUUGUCUCCGCUGAAAGGUAGCGCUUCCGAAACAGCGGAACCCGCAACAUCUCAGAAGUCGCACGGUAUAUCGCACGUAUUUGGCGAAAAAUUAAGACGAGCAACUUCGGAUAUCAAGAGAGCCGAGAGUAUGAAGGUGGAUACGAAGAAGCCAAAACGCACACCGAGCUUCACGACCAGACGAAGAACGCAGAGCUUCAGAAAACUGCAACGAAUAGAGAACAUGGACGCUUUACGACCGGUCGAAAUUCAAGGUUAUCUCGAACGGAAACACGAGCUUCAAAGCGCAGGCAAAAAGGCAGCCGUUCGAUCGUGGAAACAAUAUUACACUGUCUUGUGCGGGCAACUGCUGUGCUUCUUUAAAGACACCGAGGAUUUCUCAAUGAGCAAAGCGGCAACUGCCCCGAUAACCAUUUUCAAUGCCAUAUGCGAAAAGGCGGACGAUUAUACGAAGAAGAAGAAUGUAUUCCGGCUGAAGUGCACGGAUGGAUCGGAGUUCUUAUUUUUAGCACCGAGUCAAGAAGAGAUGGAGGAUUGGGUCAAUAAAAUCUCGUUCCACGCAAAACUGCCGCCGAGUUUGCAGCUUUUAAGUUACGACGAGUCUCAAAAGGCGGGUUUGGAGAGGUUACAGAGUUCGGGACUGGAGCACGCGGACGAUAACAUGUCGACCGGCAGCAGCCGCGCUUCCACGCCCGAGAUGGAGCGCAAGAAUUCCGUGAUCAGGCGCGAUCCCGCCUCGAUAAAUCAGCACUCGCCGAGCUCGGUGCAAAUAGAAUUUCUGCAGAUGCACAGGCAGAAUCAGCAGCGACGCAACGACGCGCAGAACACAGAGUCGUUACUGGCGUCGCAGAGAUUGGACCCGCCUCAGACACAGACGGAAUUUCUGCAGAUGCACAGGCAGCAACAGAUGCUCGCGCAGCAACAGCAACUGAUGCAGCAGGAACAGCUGGCGGCUCAGCGGGAUCAGUAUCAUCCGAAUUCCGCGAUGCUGGGAAGCGACAAACCGCCGAUACCGCCGCGAGGCGCUCCCCCACCUAUCCCUAUGCGAACACCCAGUUCUGAAAAUAUGAUACAAUACAGGCGCAAUGACGUGGAACAUAUGCAACAAGGAAGGUCCAAUGUCUACCAACGCAGCGCAACGUUAAAUCACAACGGAUCCGGACAGUAUUCGCCGAACGAGCCACCACCAACGUGGCACCGACAAAGCAGCGUGGAACUUCCUCCGCAAGAAUAUGCACCUCCAUUGCCAUCGACCGCCCCUCCGUCAACCAGAAUACCACAGUGGAACACUCCUCACGAUUCUGCAUAUGGAAAUAUACCGGUAAACACCAGACAGGGUAUGCAACAACAAAAUAACACUUUCUCUGGCAGACCGGCAUCGUUGCCACCUUACGUCGCUCCUCCAUCGGCUUCGCAAUCAUCUUCUUCGAACAUCACAGUGGACAGUAGACGAGCGUCAGAAAGCGGUUCGGAAAGCGAACAAAGCUCGGGCAGCAAUCGAAAGGAUCGCGAUUACAAACGGAGUUCUGUGUUAAGCAAUUUAUUUGGAAGACGUAAGAAACCGUCUCAGUCGUAACUCUAUGAUUGUAUAGAACAUAUUCCCGUCAAACUUUGUUGUAUAAUGAAACAACGAAAUAUCCUUGGACGUUAUCAUCCGAGAUUUAUCACAAAGCAUAUUUUUGCAGUACAUCGAUAGUAACUUAUUUCUUGCGAGUCCCUGUGUAGUAAUUUUACAUUUACAAUUUGUAAGUUUGUCUUUUUUUUUUUUUUUUUUUUUUUAUAUUGAUUUAUUAC